GAAGAAACAAGAUACUGAAAAUUAUUCUGAACUUGUGCAACGUUAAGGGAAGACGGAGCAGAACAUGCAACGACUUCUGCAGAGGAGACAACUACGCAAACUUCGGUUCGCGUUGGCAGCCGUGGCUGUUGUUGCUCUGUCGCUUGCUCUGUGCAGCGCCCUUUUUACGGCGUGGACAUGGGGACAGACGCGGGACAUGUCUCGGUCAUUUAGAGCUCUGCAAGAUAAUCUGGAACAGUUAAAUACCCAGCGCGAGGCCAUUCUCCAGCUCCUGCUGACGAAGAGGGACUUGCUGAAGAGCCAGAGGGUGAAGAGAGAUGGUGAAACGGGGAGAGGAAGGAUGAGAAAUGGGAAAAAAGUAGCAUCUCAUUUUGAGAUCAAGACCAUUCAAAAAGUGGAAGCAGAUGGCAUCAUCAAAGGCUGGACAGAGGAGCAGCUCAAUGUGAGCAAGGCAGUGCAGUACAACUACAACAAAGGCACCUUCAAGGUGGAGAAGAGUGGAGUCUACUUCCUGUACUGCCAGGUGCACUUCAAUGAGAACAAGAGCACCUACGUGAAGCUGGUGGUGUCGGUCAACCAGGCCCAGAAGCUACAGUGCAUGGAGGGAUAUGGAACCACGCCUGCGUCUGGCUCGCACCUGUUCCACUUCCUCAAGCCCUGCCAGGUGUCGGGCCUGCUGCACCUGGAAAAGGGGGCGGAGAUCAUGGCCACCACAGGCAAUUCAUACACCCUGCAUCACGCUGGCAAGCACUACUUCGGCCUCUUCAAGGUAAACUGAGGGCCCGUUCCACUCUGCCCAUCCAAACCCCUGCAGGCAGCCCCUUGAACUGAAAGCAUCUUAAUCCACUGCACUAAACCUGUGUCAGGUGUGUUUCACGUCACCUGUGUGCAAACUGCACCCCAAACCCUGGACCUUGGAUAUGUAUACCUGUACAGUGCUAAAGAAACUGCAGUGACAUUUGACAUUCUGAGUUACAGAGCAACUGGCCCUGAACCAGCAGCUUCAAAACCCCACCCUAUACACUCAUCAUUCCCACCUCAGGUCAAGGUCGUUCAAAGUGGGAUCCUGGCAGGAUGUUCUUGGUCCCAUGUCAUGUCUUCAAGACAUUUUUGUGCUUUGGCUGCACCAAAGACAGUGACUUGGAAUUCUAAAGCUGUUGCAUGGUGGGUCUGUCCGGGACCAUGGCUGGUGAUUGGAGGAGAGUGAACCGAGGGCUUUGUGAGUGUGUCUGGGCUCAGGAGGUAAUUUUGUGUGGUUGUUAAAAGCACUGGGACAAAUGCAGUCCGUUGAACAAGGGGGGAGAGUGUUAACUUGCAAUACAAACUGUGUGGCUUGUGCCAACCCCUCUGUCACCCACUGCAAAUGACUUCACAGCACUGGUGGCAUGUACACAGGUCACCUCUCUGCUGUCGCCCCUUUCCGGUUGGCUUGGAUUUCCAUGGAGGGUGCACACCUGCCUCUUCUGUUGGUCUCACUUUGUUGCUGUGGUGCUGUAACACCAUUUUCAUAGUCCUGUAUUAAUCAACAAGAAACACACACCGUUCCCCUUUUUGCAGGUGAUGAGCGGAAAUAUAACUGAAAUGCCUGCCCUCUAGCAAUAUAUUUUAGAGGCAUACACUGGAAAGAGGUUCCACCCAAGAUGGAUCUGCAUCUUUUUAUAAAAUGGCAGUUGGAGUUGCAAUUUGGAAUGGAGUUUUAUAAAAUUGCACCGUGGUGUUGUGAGAACAUGAGCUGUAUAACUGUAUGAUCUG